AUGAGACCAAAUGCCUUAUGGGGAUUUUAUGGCAUGCCAUUUUGCAAUUACAGUGCAGGAAAAAAUGGCACUGUAGGAUGCGGCGAAGUAUUUGAAGAAUUCAAUAAUCGAUUACAACCUCUGUAUGCUGAAGCUACCGCUUUUUAUCCAUCCAUUUAUUUGCCAAGCCGAAAUAGUGGUCGUACUGGUUGUUUGUACGUCACUUCCGUCCUUCAAGAAGCUAAACGUUGUGCAGAGAACUUGUCAAUACCGAUAUUCACCUUCAAUGGCAUUGAGUACUUUCCAUUGGAAUCUACUAAUCCAUAUUAUACUCAAGAAGACUUAUCCCAUUCACUGAAUACAGCCUUUGUUAUGGGUGUACAAGGUACUAUCAUUUGGUCAUCAUCCAAAGAUAUGGUGAAACGAUGUGACGGUAUAGGAGAUUAUGUCCUCAAAUAUGUUGGUCGAAAAGUGAAGGAAUUGAAAACUUGUGACAAAAUUAGAAGGAUUAGGAAGCGCCAAAUACCUGAUCAAAUUUCUUGCACAGUGAAAAAUGAUCCAGCAUACGAUAACUGUCAAAAUGCAAUGACAUCCAUUAAUAAGCCUGCAAUAACCGCCAAGUAA